GAAAAAGAUCAGUGAUUUGGAGACAGACAAGAGGGAGCUGGUUGGUGUCUUUGGUAAAACUGGGGCUGGAAAGAGCUCUUUGAUAAAUGCCAUCAUCAAAGAGAAGAAUCUUUUACCCUCAGGAAGCAUCAAUGCCUGCACCUCAGUCAUGAUCAAAGUGGAAGCCAACACACGUAGCACAAAGUAUGAAGCAGAAAUUGAGUUCAUCACAAAGGAGGAGUGGAACGAUGAGUUGUGGUCAUUUCAGCGUCAGCUUCUUGGCAAUAAUAAAAAUCAGGACAAGGAAGACGAUGAUUAUCAUGAUGCUGUUGAAAAGCUGUCAGCACUGUAUGGAGAAGACUGGAGAAGGUCCUUUGAAAACCUCAUGGAGAACAAAUAUUUCAAAGAAAUUCCAGAAUUUCUCCAAUCCAAGAGGAAGAUUUUGACAUGUGAAUCAGUAAGACAAACUCAUAUUACUACUAUAACAGACAGCCAUGAUAGACUACACACUGGGGAUGCUGGGAAAUGCACACAGGUGAAACCAGGACAACCUGGACACAAAAGGGAACUGACCAAAUUAUCAGAUUAUGCUGAGAUCCCAUAACUACCUGCUCUAAUUAAAUGGGUUACCAACUGCUAGUAAUACAGAAGGAGCAGAAGAAAUUACAUAAUAGUCAUGCUGUGAGUGAGACGACGCAGCACGUAAUAACAUCAUAUUAGUACUAUAACA